UAAGCCAACUGAAAUAAAUAUAAAAAAUAAAAUGACUGCAGGAAAAUCCGAAUCCACCUCCGUGGUGCAGCACAUCGAAUCCGGUCUGUACGUGAUCAACCAGCUGUGCAUCGGAUUCGUGACCAUUUGGGUUAGUUGGACCUGCCUUCGCCAGGACCUCGCCGGCAUUCGCCUCCACGCUUGGCUGGUUACAUUCGGAUUUGUGUUCCUGAUGGCCGAGGGCAUGAUGUGUUUCUACGAUGGCAGCUGGCUAACCCUGCGCUACUCCCGCAAAUAUAAGACAGCAUUCCAUGUGGUGCUCCAAGUGCUCGGCGGCGGCAUGGGCGUAGCCGGAUGCCUCAUUCAACUGAUUCGGGACGAUUGGUCGGUCAGUGUGACACUACAUGCCCGUCUGGGCUUCGCCGCCUUCAUCCUGUGCCUGAUUUCCCUGCUAAGUGGACUGGCAGCGGUGCUGGCGAGGUCCAUAAACCGGGUGGUUUCCCCACUGAUCAACAAAACCUUCCAUGUCGUCCUGAGCUUUGCCGCAUUUGUGAUCGCAAUGAUGGCUCAGUUCUACGGAUACACCCAAACUGGAAUUUUCCGUGGCCAAGGCCAGGACUUUGUAAUCCUCAUGCAGGUCGUCACCAUGGUGGCCAUGGUCCUGACAAGCAUAGGAGCCAUGAAAUCCCUGUACCAAAAAUUCGGGAGCUUGGCUAGUUAG